CAAGACCCUUACCCGGUAGCCAGUUGCCACCAACCAUAGUCUCUCACAGAUCUACCAUUGUAUAUGUGUCGGUACGUCUCUAUAUAACCACACCUCCACUCCUCACAUUGCGCGCUUGCUCUAUCUCUCCCUUCCUCACCUCAUACCACUAAGCUAUAAAAAAGGUAGAAAAUGAAGAUCAUAGAGAAAAUACGCGAUGCCGCAGCUGAUCCAAACAGGGUGGUGUUCUCCUUUGAGUUCUUCCCGCCCAAGACUGAGGAUGGGGUGGACAAUUUGUUUGAGAGGAUGGACCGCAUGGUGGCUCACAAUCCCUCGUUUUGUGAUAUCACCUGGGGUGCUGGUGGAACCACAGCUGAUCUAACAUUGGAAAUUGCCAACAGGAUGCAGAACAUUGUCUGUGUGGAGACCAUGAUGCACCUUACCUGCACUAACAUGCCUGUUGAGAAGAUAGACCAUGCUCUCCAGACCAUCAAGUCCAAUGGCCUCCAGAAUGUGCUUGCUCUUCGAGGUGACCCCCCACAUGGCCAAGACAAAUUUGUGCAGGUUGAAGGCGGCUUUGCCUGUGCACGCGAUCUGGUGAAACACAUCAGAGCUAAAUAUGGUGACUACUUUGGCAUUACUGUUGCUGGUUAUCCAGAGGCACAUCCGGAUGUUAUAGGAAGUGAUGGAUUGGCUACAGCAGAAGGUUAUCAAAAAGAUCUUGAAUACCUGAAGAGCAAGAUCGAUGCUGGAGCAGAUGUGAUUGUCACCCAGUUAUUUUAUGAUACGGAUACAUUCCUGAAAUUUGUGAAUGACUGUCGCCAAAUCGGAAUAACUUGUCCUAUUGUACCUGGAAUUAUGCCCAUUAAUAAUUACAAGGGCUUUCUUCGUAUGACUGGGUUUUGUAAAACCAAGAUACCAGCUGACAUUAUGUCUGCUCUAGAGCCUAUCAAGGACAAUGAAGAAGCUGUCAAGUCUUAUGGAGUUCACUUGGGAACUGAAAUGUGCAAAAAGAUUUUAUCUCAUGGAAUUAAGACAUUGCAUCUUUAUACACUAAAUAUGGAGAAAUCAGCAUUAGCAAUACUAAUGAACCUUGGCUUAAUUGAAGAGUCCAAAAUUUCUAGAUCCUUACCAUGGAGACGUCCCACUAAUGUUUUCCGUGUUAAAGAAGAUGUCCGUCCAAUCUUUUGGGCAAAUCGUCCAAAAAGCUACAUAUCACGAACCAUAGGAUGGGACCAAUACCCACAUGGGCGUUGGGGUGAUUCCUGUAACCCAUCAUAUGGUGCAUUAACUGAUUACCAGUUCAUGAGACCACGUGCACGGGACAAGAAGCUUAUUGAAGAAUGGGUAGUUCCCUUGAAAAGCGUUGAAGAUAUAUAUGAGCGGUUCAGAAUGUACUGCAUUGGAAAGUUGAGAACCAACCCUUGGUCAGAAUUAGAUGGUCUUCAGCCAGAGACAAAGAUCAUCAAUGAGCAGCUGGAGAGGAUUAACGCAAAAGGCUUCCUCACAAUCAAUAGCCAGCCAGCUGUUAAUGGGGAAAAGUCGGAUUCUCUUACUGUAGGCUGGGGUGGACCUGGUGGGUAUGUUUAUCAGAAGGCAUAUGUAGAGUUCUUCUGCUCCAAGGAAAAGCUGGAUACACUUGUUGAUAAAUGCAAGGAUCGAAUCUCUUUAACUUAUAUGGCAGUGAAUAAAGAAGGGAGCUGGAGUUCUAAUGUGGGUCAAACUGAUGUUAAUGCUGUGACAUGGGGUGUCUUCCCAGCUAAGGAGAUAAAACAACCAACCAUUGUGGAUCCUGUCAGUUUUAAUGUAUGGAAGGAUGAGGCAUUUGAAAUUUGGUCAAGAGGAUGGGCCAGCUUGUACCCUGAGGGUGAUGCAUCCAGGAAAUUUGUUGAAGAGGUGGGUGGAAGCUACUUCUUGGUCAGUUUGGUGGACAACGAUUACAUCAAUGGUGAUCUUUUUGCGGCCUUUGCAGAUUUCUGACUGAAGCUUCUUAUUUAUUCGUUCUUUCACUUGGUUGUCAAGUUAUUUUCCUUUUUCUUUUCUUCUUCUCAAUAUGAUGAUCCGUGUAACACAUGGUUGAAGUGGCAAAUUAUUUUUAGGGUAUGUUUGUGUCCCAUGCGUCUUUGUUUUGUCAUUCUUCAUAGUGCCAGGAUGAGUUUGAUGGUUGUAUACGACCGGAUUCCUGUUUCUUAUAUUUACAUGAGUGAACUGUAAAAGUAAAAGAUUAAAGUCUCGUGCCUUUUA